AUGCAUGUUUUUGAUAGGCUAGCUGCAACAUCUCCUAGAAGGUUAAGCAGGAGAGAACUGAGCACAGUGAACAUCCCCAGAUCAAGCAAUGACAUUAUUGGUGUAAUAACUACUGUCUCUGGUCAAAGAAGGGAACGAUUUUCUCUAUAUCUCUCAUCCCAGUUAAUGUAUGGACUUGCUUAUGUCAACCGCGUUCAAAGCAACAUUGUGUUUGAGGAAGUGAAGCUUCUCGCUCAUAGAUUAGGCACUUUUAGAACAUCUUUUUCUGAAGUUAAUAUUAAUAUACCAGUCAGUGGAGGAAAAUUUACAAUAGAAGAGCCAAGAUAUGAAUUCUACCCAACUUUUGGUGAUCUAUCUACAUCAAGUACACCUGAUUUUAGCUAUGAAAAUUUCUUUGUGCCAACACCCAGAAGCUCAAUAGAAUCACCUCCUCAUCCUUCAUUGUCUCUCUCAGCUGAAGAACUAGAUCGUCAUGUUGUUCCUGCUGAACAGAUAACUCUUCGGGAAGAGGGUGAAUUACUUCGGGAUGAAGAAAUGACAUGGAAUCAUGUCGCAGAUGAUGUUGCUGAGCGUCCAUUAUCACAAGGCCCUUCGUUUGCUGAGGAGGAGCCAAUUGAUACGGAACAUCUUGACAUUCCUUUACCUGACUUUCAAGCUGAUGUAUCUGCACCAAGGGAAGAGCAGCCAGAAGACGGUGAAGGUUUACCAGGGAUUGCUCCUGUCCCUGAACCACAAAUCGAGCCACCUGAGCCAGGUGGUGAUGUGGAUGUUUUACCACCUACCGUUUCACCUCCUCCGGCACCACAGCAACCUAGAAGAGCGUCUGUCUCAGCUGUUGACAUUGCACUUGAUGGUCAGAGUCCUCCAGGAAUAAGAAGAGAUCCAAGUGAAAGCAGUAGUGACUUUGUGCUGCAAGAUAUUAUUGGCCCAGUACCUAGAACUCGUAGAAGAAGGCGAAGAUAUUUAAUUGUUGAUACUGUAACACAAAUACCUACAAGUACUAUGAGAUCAAACUUUGAUGCUCCUUCAAUUGGCACUCUUGAUCUAGUGAAUCCUCGAGCAACAACAGCUGCUGUUUUGCUGACUCAAUUUGGAUCACGUGCUGCUUUGAAUGGUACUUCUAGGUUUUGGCGGCAACCUAGGACCUUAAGUGAACCAAAUGAUCCUAGUCCAUAUGGUGCAUUUAUGAUGGAUCAACAAGAUUCUGCUCUAGAUCAAGUUCCUCUUCAAGAAAGGUCUGAUUCUGCAAUAGAAGCAGAAAGAGCAGAAGCUUCUAGUGACAUGCGAGAGCAUGCUGUUUCUGGGACGUCAGGCCUCUCAAAAUCUUUAAUUGCUGAAGUAACAGGUGCAGAGUCUACAUUAGCGAGAGAUGCAACAUCCGCAUUAACCAUGAUGGAAGAACCUUCAGCUGGCAUUGAAUUGGAGGAAGUACCCUUAAUGGAGUUCGAAGAUGCAGAAAUGGCUGCUGAGAGAACAGCAGCAGAAAUUGCUGUUGAGCCUGCUGCUCUUGAAUCUGUAAUUGAGGACCUCCCUCGUGAAGAAAUUCCCUCAUGGGUGGGUCGAGCUGGAGAUAUCUGCAUUGUUUCUCCAGAGAAAACACCACCUCCACCUUCUCCUGAGGAGCCUGCUAGCCCUUUAGUGGAACGCACAAUGCAACUAAUUAAAGAAUGUUUAGAUGAAAAUUUUCCUCGUAAUCGAGCAAGUUUUCGGGAGUUGAUAGAAAAAACAACCAAAAAGAGGAAAUAUGUUGCAAAACUUUUCUACAUGCUGCUAGAACUCCAUGCUGGUGAAAUAAUCAAGAUUGUACAGAGUGAACCAUAUGAUGACAUUAUUAUAUUUCCUGGACAAAAUUUCCAUACUUUUUGAAAGGAUAUAAGUAUUGAUAUCAUGAAUGAGUUUGAAAUGAGCUCAGCUGUUUAUUAUUAUUAUUAUUAUUUGUGCAAUUGUAUAAUUGUUUUUUAACAAUGGAGUUUUCUUGCUUAUUGUUUUAUAAGCAAUUAUUUUGCAAUAUUUUAAGUGACUUGAUUUUCCAUGCAUGUUUAUUUUUUCUGUUGUUUUAUAAAAAUCUUUACAUUUUUGUUCAAAAACAUUUGCUUUUCUUUAUCUAACAAUUUUUUGAUGGACAUUUAUUUUUUUAUAUCAUUAUUCAAAAUGUUUCAAAUUCUUACUUUUUCAACUCUUGGGCUGAAUUUCUUAAUUUUUUAGUUUAAAGUAUUUUAUUAUCAUAUUCAUAUAGUUGCAUGUUUUAUUUAUUUAUUUAUUUACCUAUUGUGAGAUUUUAAUAUUUUGUAUUUUUAUACUACAUUUGAACAAAGUGCCAUAUUUUGCAUUGCCAAAAUUUUUAUUUUUCUUGAAUCUAGUCUUAAACUUUUUUCACUGAUUUUUUUUUUUAAGUUGCAUUCAGUGAUGCAUAAUUUUGUAUUGAAUAUUUAUAUUUUUU